CCCCGGCGGUGGUGGCGGCGGUCGCCGUGAUGCCUGCGGGACUGGGUGGCUGACCGCCGGGAUAGGAGCGGGGCCAGUGCCCAAAAUCUCGGUGGCCGCUGCUCGAGCGCGGCCUGCGCCAUGGCCACCUCCGCUGCCUCUUCGGAGCAUUUCGAGAAACUUCACGAGAUCUUCCGCGGCCUCCAUGAAGACCUGCGAGGGGUGCCGGAGCGGCUCCUGGGGACAGCGGGGACAGAAGAGAAGAAAAAACUGAUCAGAGAUUUUGAUGAAAAGCAACAGGAAGCAAAUGAAACGCUGGCAGAGAUGGAAGAGGAACUACGUUAUGCACCUCUGUCUUUCCGUAACCCUAUGAUGUCUAAGCUUCGAACCUACCGGAAGGACCUUGCUAAACUCCAUCGGGAAGUGAGAAGCACACCUUUGACAGCCACACCUGGGGGCCGAGGAGACAUGAAAUAUGGCACAUACACUGUAGAGAAUGAGCAUAUGAAUCGGCUACAGUCUCAAAGGGCAUUGCUUCUGCAAGGCACUGACAGCCUGAACCGGGCCACCCAGAGUAUUGAGCGUUCUCAUCGGAUUGCCACAGAGACUGACCAGAUUGGCUCAGAAAUCAUAGAAGAGCUGGGUGAGCAACGUGAUCAAUUGGAGCGUACUAAGAAUAGGCAGGUGGAUUGGUUGAAUUUAAAAGCUGUGGAAUGAGCUGAGAUCAACUUACCAUGGCCACUGGGGAAUGGGAACAGAUGGUAGGUGGCAUCUGUUAAAAUAUCCCCCAGCUAUCUUGAUUAUCAACAGGCAACCAAAGGGAAAUGAUUUUUUUAAAGGCUUUUAAAAGAUUAAUUCCUUUCACAAUUCAGUGCAUCUGUAAAAGUGGUGAAGAAAAAAUGAAUCAGAUCCCAAAAGUGGUAAUUGACCAGCCUACAAAAACAAAUACUAACUCAAGAGGCCCUCCUGGAGUUUGGUUGAUGAAAUUCAAAUCUUAAGUUGCUUCACAGUUACUGGUGAGGCACACUUGAAGCUUUUUUCUGUCUUGAGUAGCCAAGGUGAAGGAUUAGCUUGGCCCCAGGAGUCCCCCACAGUAACCUUGGGACAUAAUAAUUCCUAAGCCUGCUUGUUGAGUACUAAGGUAUCUUAUCCUUGCCAGUUUCUUCUACUUGUACUCAGAGGCCAUCAUUCAGAUUGGUUUGAUGGGGUUUUUCAGCACACACCCUUUAAUGCCCACUGUCAGUUUAGGAAUGUUCAGGUUCUACGGUAUCUACUUUUAAAAGGG